UGGUCGCCUCCUUCUCCCAUCCAACGUUUCCCAGCGGAACGGACGGAACGUUUGCCCGCUCGACGCGUUCGCCUCGAGUGCCGUUCGCCCGUGCCGCUGGGUCGUCCUGCUUCUGCCGCGUCGCCUCGCCGCAAUGUGGGCCCCGUGCGCGCUGCUGCGGGUCUGAAGUCGUGCGAAGAAGGAACGGCCAUCACGCGAGUGUUCGGUAUCGCGUUCGUCGGAGUGGUGACAUUCGUCGGCCGAAGGAUUACGCGCGAUCGACGACAAAAUUGGGCCACGCAGAACAGGAUGCGGAGAAUCAGCGCGCCUUCGCGGGAUCCGGGUUGCAUCGUGCUUGAAGUACAAUGAUUCAUCAAGGAUGGGACCUCUGUAUUCCAGCCUUGGGAAUAUCUACUAAUCACAACCUAGUCUUGGGCCAUCUCUAAAGUCAACUUCACAAGUCACACUUCAGCAUGGCUUUUCCAUCAUCCUCCAGCUUUAGACAUUUCCUAUACUGGAGCUUUAUUUUAGUUGUGGGAUUUCCUGCCAUCUUCAGCUUGGAUGAUGGACCAAAUGUUUGUACAAAGCAAGAAACGUAUCUCACCACAGUAAGAGUAUCCUACAACAAGCCAUACCAAAUACGAACAUACACUUGGUGCUUUGCGUUUCCACCACGAUGCUCGAAGUACAGGAUUUCCUACACAGUCGCUUACAAGACGGAGGUUAAAGAAAGCACACGAACAGUGAAGGUGUGCUGCAAAGGUUUUGUGGAGACGGCUGAUGGCUCCAAAUGUUUGCCACUGUGCAACAAUCCAUGCAUCCAUGGAACCUGCUCGAGUCCAGAAACAUGUGAAUGCCAGCCAGGUUGGGGAGGGCCAACAUGCAACUUUUCCUGCCCAGAUGGCAAAUGGGGGAAGUCCUGCCACAGAGACUGCCCCUGCAAGAAUGGCGCUAGGUGCGACCCUGUGAGCGGGGCCUGCUCAUGCAAGCCAGGUUGGCAGGGUAUUGACUGUAAUGAACCUUGUGAUUCUGGGAAGUAUGGCUACGAAUGCGGGCAGGCAUGCCGCUGUCUCAACGGAGCUCUUUGUGACCACAUCUCGGGAGGUUGCACCUGUGCCCCUGGCUACCGUGGGCCAUUGUGCCACGAGCUCUGUCCAAAAGGCACUCACGGUGACCAGUGCUCGAGCAAGUGUGGUUGCCAGAACGGUGGGACCUGCAAUCCCAUUAAUGGCAACUGCUUCUGCCCUGAGGGAUGGACCGGUGCUGUUUGUGCAAAUCCAUGCCCCGCUGGCUUCUACGGAACCAACUGCAGCCAACGCUGCCGAUGCUACAAUGGCGCCCUCUGUGACCACCUGACUGGCACGUGCAUCUGCAGCCCGGGCUACGUCGGAGAGCGCUGCCAGGAUGAGUGUCCAGUCGGAACUUACGGCCUGAACUGCAGCAAGAAAUGUGACUGUGACAACGGUGCAAGCUGCAACGUUUCGAAUGGACAGUGCAUCUGCCUUCCUGGCUUUACAGGACCUCGAUGUGAGACAAGAGCCUGCACGGACGACUAUUAUGGUCCAGAGUGUGACCAGGUCUGCCAAUGUAGCAAGGAAAACACACUUCUGUGUCACCCCUGGACUGGCACGUGCAAGUGCAAGCCCGGCUGGAAUGGAGAGACCUGUGUCCGGCCCUGUCCACCGCUGCUGUAUGGCCCGGACUGCGCUUUGACGUGCAGCUGCGAAAACGACGGAACCUGCGAUCCAGUCGAUGGAAUGUGCAUCUGUGAGCCCGGAUAUGUUGGUCCCAACUGCAAGGAGAAGUGCCCUGUUGGACGGUUUGGCACCAAUUGCACCCAGAACUGCAGCUGUGAAAAUGGAGGAGUCUGCUCCCACGUGAAUGGGUACUGCAGCUGUCCUCCUGGCUUUUCCAAGUCCCGUUGCGAUGAACUUUGCCCGGUUGGUCUCUAUGGGCCCGGUUGCCAGAUAAAGUGCAAAUGUAGGAAUGGGGCCGGGUGCGAUCCUGUCAGUGGCGAUUGCACCUGCCCGCCCGGGUUCAUGGGCAAACUCUGUGAAUCCAAGUGCGAUCAUGGAAGAUUUGGAACUCAGUGCGAGAAAAAAUGCAAGUGCGACUGGGAACACUCACUUGGAUGUGACCAUGUCUCUGGAAGCUGCAUCUGUGCACCUGGGUUUAAAGGUGUGUCGUGUGAUAGUCAGUGUCAGCGAGGUCAGUGGGGUUCCUCAUGUGAAAACACCUGCGACUGCAAGAACAAUUCCUCCUGUGACCCAGAAACGGGAGUCUGCAUUUGCGAAAGGGGAUGGAUGGGCAAGGACUGCAAUCAGCCAUGUCCGGCCGGAUACUUUGGCCAAAAUUGUUCUGAAGUGUGUACUGACUGCAUGCAUGCGGAUGGCCCAUGUGACCAUAUCACAGGAAAGUGCCGCUGUAGGUCUGGCUACAUGGGUCUCAGCUGCAGUGAAUCGUGUCCCAUCGACAGGUGGGGUGACAGCUGCAGCCAGAAAUGCAAGUGUCAAAACGGUGGCGAGUGCAACUCUGUCACCGGAACCUGCCUCUGCAUGCCAGGGUGGCAGGGCGACAACUGCACCAUUCCCUGCACUAACGGAACCUAUGGCUUCAACUGCACCCAGAAGUGCACCUGUCAGAACGGGGGCCUGUGCCGUGCAAGCGACGGCAAAUGCCGGUGCAAGCAUGGAUGGAUGGGCUCCCGCUGUACAGAGAUUUGUGCAGAGGGAUUCUACGGAGACCACUGCAUGCAGACUUGCAACUGCAAGGAGAACUUUGUCUGUAGCCCCAUCUCAGGUUGUGUGUGUCGCUACGGUUUCACUGGAGAGUACUGCAACAUCCGACUGGUCGACAGAAGCGUGAUGUACAUUGAGGAAGAGCCCAAGUCAAAUUCGGGCAUCGUUGCCGGAACCAUUGUUGCCAUACUGCUUGUGGUCGUGAUUGUCAUCUGUAUCGUCUUCUACUACAGAAGAAGGGUCAGCCAUCUCAAGAAUGAACUCGCCUAUGUGACGUAUACAGCAGACGUCCGGCCGUCUCCAGAUCGGCGUCACUUUGACAACCCUGUCUAUGCUUUCCAAGCUGUUCAAUUGGAUGGUGCACUCAACAAUGCGUCUGGAGCAUCUAACAUCAAGCAGAUUCAUAACGACCUAAACUGCACCAAGAGUAACAUUGAAAAGGCAAAGCUGGGAUACUGCGAAGAUGAUCAGGACAUGCAAAGCUUGAAAGGGGCUUGUGGUGUGUCCAAUGACUAUGAAGAGAACCCUACAUUGAAGGAUUUUGAUUUCAAACCAAAUAUCUACCAGAGCAUUGAGGAUUUGAAGUGUUAUGCUGAUAAAAAGGAGCCUUUCUACGAUGAAGUGAAAGACAAGAGUGACACCAGUAAUGCCAGCACUGCGAUUUCGUUGACCACAACUGUGCCUACCAGUACAAUGCGUGAUGCAGACGCAGAUGCUUACGAUCACUUGGAGUACAACAGGCCAAAGACGGAAGCGAAACCAAACUACUUCAGACUCGACAGCACUCUCUCCAAAAAGAAGACUUAGCGCGAUGGACGUCAGUGACGUUCCUCUCACUGGUACUACCGGUGGCUUGUGGGAGCAUGUGUGGUUUCUGUCAAGAACUGUGAUUUUUAACCUCCUGGAUUCCUGGGAGCCUCAAAACCAGAACUUUGGCUCUCAUUGCUCCAAUUGUCUUCCCCCAAGAUUCAGAACUAUGACUUUCUUCUUUAGUGAAGUCCAGCAGCAGAGUUCAGCAACAAGCAGACUUUCACUUUAUGCUUUGUAGUGGCCGUUCUUCCACCCAUCAAGUUAGCGCUGGACAGUUUCAUGGUCUUUUGUGAUACCCUCACCUAUCGUGUGUAUAUUGUGAGAUUGUUUAUAUUUCCGAGUAGUCACGAUUUUAUUUUGAUCUUUAUUUUGAUGUGGUAUUAUGAUUGUCUCAGUUUGUUGAGAGAUCUCCGAGUCUGAGUGGCAUGUGCAUGUAUUAGUGCUGACAAUUGUUAGCACAAACUGGCUGGCCAGUUAUGUUUUUUCUUAAGAGCAAUGCAUUUUUAAUUUAAUUUAAUGACGUUCAAGCUGCCAGUGAAACCACCUGUUGUUCUUACUGAGCAAAUAUUCACAACUGAAGCAUUCUUUCGUUCUGACUGCUUUUUGGAAGAACUGAACAGGUAAGGAAAGGGGUGCAUAGUUUAUUCUGAAAACGUGAUUAUUUUUGUCUGUAAAUAUUUAUACUUACUAGUAUAGUCCAGACAUCUGAGUAUAUCUAAAAAAGCUCUAUGAUUUCUAUCCACAAAACAUAGUAUUUAGAUUGAACUUCUUAUGAAAACAGUUUGAGUCACAAUUCCACCAGGUACUGUACAAAACUGUAUAUAAUUCCUCUCUGUAUGGAAGUAGAUAAUAAAAAAUAUAGAUCUUGA